AUGUCGUACGGAUAUACCGGUGCACCAGCGCUGUUCAACGGCACCCUUCCAAAUGGCGGCGAUUCAAGAACAACCAAUUUAAACCAAUGGUACCAGUCCGGCGACGUAGCAUACAUCCUCGUCUCCUCCUGCAUGGUGCUCGUCAUGAUUCCCGGCAUCGGCUUCCUCUACUCCGGACUCGCGCGUCGAAAAUCAGCACUUUCCAUGAUCUGGGCUUGCAUGGCCUCCUUCUCUGUGAUAACCUUCCAAUGGUACUUCUGGGGCUACUCCCUCGCUUUCUCGUCGAGUGGGACCAGCGGAUUUAUUGGGGACUUGAACCAUUUUGGAUUGAUGAAUACUCUUGGGGCACCAAGUCCAGGAAGUCCUUUAAUACCAGAGUUGCUGUAUUCGUUUUAUCAGAUGAUGUUUUGUGCCACUACCGGAGCUAUCGUGACAGGUGCUAUUGCAGAGCGAGGAAGACUGGUGCCUAUGAUGGUUUUUAUCUUCAUAUGGGCGACGCUGGUGUACUGCCCGAUCGCAUACUGGGCUUGGAAUAUCAACGGCUGGGCGUUUAAGUUUGGAGUUCUAGAUUAUGCCGGAGAAGGUGGACCAGUCGAGAUCUGCUCUGGUGUCUCGGCACUGGCAUAUAGUAUGAUGCUUGGGAAGAGACAACAGAAGAUGAUGCUCAACUUCCGACCACAUAAUGUAUCCUUAGUCACACUUGGGACGAUCAUCCUCUGGUUUGGAUGGUUGGGGUUUAACGGCGGAAGUGCAUUCGGCGCUAACUUGAGAGCUGUUAUGGCGUGUUGGAAUUCAUGCCUGACAGCGAUGAUUGCAUCCAUUACUUGGGUGUUGCUUGAUUAUCGCCUUUCAAGAAAGUGGUCGAUGGUUGGCUGGUGUUCAGGUUGUAUCUCUGGCCUCGUAGCAGCAACGCCCGCAUCAGGCUUCAUCCCUCCAUGGGCAUCCAUAAUCCUCGGUGUUGUGGUCGGCUUAGUAUCCAAUUUCUCCACCAAGGUCAAGUACUUCCUCCGAAUCGACGAUAGUAUGGACAAUCUCGCCGAGCACGGCAUCGCCGGCAUGGUCGGCCUCAUUUUUAACGGAUUCUUCGCUGCAGAUUAUAUUAUCGGGUUAGAUGGCGUAUCAACGGGACUAAUAAAUGGGGGAUGGCUCAAUCAUAACUGGAAACAACUUUACAUCCAAGCUGCGUAUGUUGUGGCAUGUACGGCAUAUUCCUUCGUCGUGUCUGCUGGUAUUGCUGCAGUUGUGAAUUUGAUUCCAGGAUUGAAGCUGAGAGCAAGUGAGGAAGCUGAGUUGCUGGGCAUGGAUGAUGACCAGCUUGGAGAGUUUGCGUAUGACUAUGUUGAGGUGAGGAGGGACUACCUUGCCUGGUCACCUGCAACGGAGGACAAUGACAUGGAAAUGAUUGAGGCGGUCGAUGGAGACAAGGAAAAGAGUGACACGUUGAGGAUGAGGAAGGUUAGUAGUAGGACUGUUGGGGCUAUGGAUGGCGAGAUAUCGCCCUUACCACUGAUGGGGUCGGAGCGAUGA